AUGUUGCGCGCGUCUUUCUGCGUGCCCCCUGGGCUCGCCGCGCUUUGUAGUACCGGGGGGGGGGAGGAGGAUUUUGCUUCAAAAAUGCAAAGGCUGAAGAUCGUUCUUGAUAACCCUGCGGGGGAGGCUGAGCGAAAAAGCCAAGAGGCCGACCUCUCAGAGGGAACAGGUGACUCCGUCAGGUGCGGAAAGCUGUUCGCUGACUCUGGCCCGCUCUUGGGGCCUCCGCCGUCCUGGCUGCCUAAGAGCCUCUCCAAAGAAGCGGAGGAGGCGGCUGAGGCCUACCUGCGGAAGGUGCACCAGGUCGAGUACUCUUUGGAGGCUUGGAAUGGUGCCGUGCAGGCGGGCACGACCCUCCUCAGGCUUUGUGGAGGAUGGAAGGAGACGGUGGGAGCGCUGCGCUACGCGUGGAGGGCUCGGGGAGAAGAUCACUUCGCAGGGCUUUUCGAUCACCACCUCGACAGUCACCUUCCGGAGGAUCUCCUUGCGUGGGUUAGAAGAGUUGCCCAGGAAGGGGUAAAGGCCGAGUACCGUGGCACGCAGCGUGCCCGGGUUAAGGCCACCCCGCAUCCCUCUCUCUUAAGGAUCAUGUGGAAGAAGCUCGGCAACUAA